AUGCUCGCCUUUCUCGAGUUUCGCAUUGGCCAAGGAGAGCUGGACCGUGUGAGAAAUGUCGAGGCAAUCGCACAGCAUCUGUGGCAGGAUAGGUCCAGGCGAUUAACUAGCUCGCAGGUCGAAGAUAAGUUGAAAGAGAUACAAAGUCAAACGACGCGGAAGCGCCGAAGAGGGACGAUAUUUACUGAAGGCCUUAGAGUCUUGUCGGACUAUCCGCAUGAAGGGCAUGUCCGUCGUCUCAAACAGCAGUUAGAUGAUGAAUAUGUGAUGCAUAUGCACAGUCAGGACAGAGUAACGAGAAGUACAUCGCGUGGCCUUGGUUCUUCGCAACCGCAAGCCAGGAAACGCACUGAGAUACCAGAAUCUCCCUCUCCAGGCCGGCUGCUCUCCACCAAGAAACCGCGUUUCCAUCUAUCCCCGAGGCAAAGCCCGCUUGCGAGGAGGAAUCAACUCGCAGGUCAGAGCUCUCACACUGCGCCAAAUCGCACGCUUAGCCCGAAGCAUGAAGAAGGUGAUAGAGAAACUCCUAUCCCUCCAAAUCCUACCAUACGCGUGAUGGUCCCCGACAGUACCGACAUGUCCACGGACGACGACCCCCUUUCACCUGUCCCUCAGAGCGACGGUGCAUCGCUAAAUUUGAAUGCAACAUCGGCUAGCAAUUCCGGCUGGUGUAAAAGACCAAAACAAAGCCUUGACAGUAUCUUUUCAGAGUCCAAAAUGAAAAGUCUCGAAGAGGAAGUCAAGGACCUAAAAGAGGAACUGACUCGGCUGAGGAAAGACCGUGAGCAUCUAGGUUCACAGAUGCACACCAUUAAUUCUUCUCUGGAGACGUCGUUGAGAGAAUGCCAGCGCAGGUGCGCACAAUACGCUGACGACGUGAAGUGCUUAAACUAUGCCCUUUCUGAGAAUAACCCAGCAGAAAGAAAACUCCUAUACCAACAAGAGAGGCAGAUAGAAACGCUGCGGCACUCCCUGAGCGAAAGGAGACAAAACGCCGAGUUUUCCCGAUUAUCCGCCGACGAGCACCACGUUCCCAAGCCAGACGACAUCCAGGAGGCUAUCUAUGCUAUCCAUUACGAAACGAAGAAAAUACUACUUUCAUACGAUGAUAAUCUCACAGUGAGAACGCCCGAUCUAGACCAUGAAGAUAAUCUUCGAAGUCUCCUCGGGAAAUCUCUGGGAAUCAGUUUUUCCUCCCCAAUUCACUGUGAUACAUUGAAGGUAGUACUGGAAAAGAAUGGUCUCCAGGCUAUUAUUUGCGCAUUGAUUGCUGCGGCUUUGUCACAUAUCAAGCAUAGCGAUUAUUACCUAAAUCAUGUCAUUCCCGCCAGAGCCAAAGAGUUGGCAUCGAUGUUGUCUGAUGCUCUCGCACCUUUAAUCCCCAAAGCUAGAGAGCUUCCUCGUCGAUCGACAGAGGGCUUUCAUACUUGGGGCGAGGGGGUCAAAGAAAGUGCAAGACGGGAGAAAAGGCUUACAGAUAUUUUCAAGCGUGCUCUUAGACUGAAGGGGGACCUACUCUCUAGCACUGGGUUGUUUUCCCUUGUGCUGCACUGUCACGGUAAAUGUUUCGAUAAACGUUCCAUGAUUGCUGAGACCAAGCAUGGAGACAGCGCGGUGAUGUCGUCAAAAACCUCCGAAUCUAUACAGGCCUGUCUUCUCCCGGCUAUUUAUGUGCAGCAACUCCCACGGCAGGGAGUUGUGGACUAUAAGCUUGACAUCCUUGGGGAAGACCCUGAAGUGCCAGACUUUUGUCUGAUUAGUAAAGCUAUUGUUGUCUUAGACUAG